AGGAAAUAAAGUUAUGAAGAUCUUAUUACCACAGGAUUUGAUAAAACAGACACUAAGUAUACUUUGCGACGUAGCAUCAUCUGAACAAGUAGUAAGUACGUCACAGUCGCUGUUCAGGAAUAUUCUACACCGUCGUCUCGUCCACCUGUGAUUGAGGAAAGACAAACAUAUUCUCGAGGAUGACGGAAAAAAGUCCACUCGUCGAUACCCAGCCGCAGCACCAGCCACCGCCUUACACACCUACGACUACUGCGACUCCGGUACAAGGAACUCCUUCGUGGCAGCAACCACCCGGGUAUUAUCCAAACAUAGAUACACCGCCCUCAUCGAACUACCCGCCAAGUAAUUAUGGAGCAACACAUUCCACAACGGUUAUUGUUCCUGAAAUCAUAGUUGUUGGGGGGUGUCCCGCAUGUAGAAUUGGAGUAUUAGAGGAUGAUUACACUUGCUUAGGAAUCUUUUGCGCAAUAUUUUGCUUUCCCGUCGGUAUCAUUCCUUGUUUGCUCCUUAAAAAUCGACGUUGUUCUAAUUGCGGGGCUUACUUUGGGUGAAUAAAACAAUACGAUGAAAAUCAUUAAUUAACAAAAGGUUAAAAAUGUAAAAAAAAAUUUUUUUCUCGUGUUUUAUGAAAGUUAACAAUAAUGUUAAAAGAUUUUAUGAGGUAGGAAACCAAAGAAUCUCAAAAAAUGGUACUUUUGUACAUUACCAAGCCGAGUGCUUUAAAAAUUGAUAGGCUUGUUUUUGUUUAACAUCUUGUUGACUUUUAUUUUCUUCAUUAAACAAAAUGAAACAAAAAUGUUAGUAUUAAAGUUAAAAUCAUUUUUUAAUGUACCAAUUAAAUUUAUUUAGUAAUUGGCAAAAAUUAGAAAUGAAAAGCAUAGGAGGAGUGUAAUUUCUACAAAAUAUUUAACUUUUUAAAAUAUCUGUAGAAAACUGAAAUGUUGUUGUUGACAUAAAAUUUUUCAAAGGAUAAAGUAUUCAUGGACUGUAUUUAAAUACAGAGCUCCAUUAUUUUUUAUAAUUGACUAGAUUUAUUAUUUCUAAACAAAAUAACUUAAUUGUGUAAAAAAAAUUAAAAUUUAGAUACUGUUCAACUACACUGAAGUAUUUUAUUUUGCAAUAUUUAGGGUCGAUGUCAACCAAUAUUUAGUGUCACUUGUAUCAUUUGCCAAGACAACGUUUAAAAAAAUUUUUUGUAAUAAUUUAGAAAAAGUUUACAUAAUUAGCGAGCAUUAUGUCUAAAUGCAAUGGUUUUAAGCUUGUAUUUAUUCCAUUCAAGUUUUGAGUCCAUACAAAAUGCUAUUUAUUUAUAUAAUGAUAGUUACUGAAAAAUUUUCAUAACUUGUGAAAAUUAGCGAUAUGAAGUUGUUAAGAAUGUGACAAUACAAAUAUAAGAUGUUAAAUAAGUAGUUUAAAUUUCAUACAAAUAAAGUUAAUACAGUUUUUGAAAACAUGUUAUCACGAUAUUUUUAAUAAAUGCGUUUAUAAUGUUUUAUAGGAAAUUAAGAAUUUAGUAAAAAAAAGUAAGAACUACGAUUUCACGUUAAUGAUACAUCAUUAAAUCGGAGUUUAUAUUUCUUCAUUCAUCGCAAUUGAGCUCAACAAUUGAAGGCUUGAAUACUUUUUUUUUUUUAAUGUAAAUAAUUUGCGUCAACUAUUUUUUCAAACAAAAAAAUUAUUGAUAAUCAAUCGAAUAAUGUUAUGAAGUCGAAACGGCAUACUUUAAAAGUUAAAAAAUUUUAAUUGCAUCAAAACUACCCUUACAUAUCCGAUUUAAAUACUUAACUAAGCUAAAUAAAAUAAUUCUUACAGUCCAAUAACUUAGUGAUUGCAAUCAGGGUCAAUCUUUUACUAUUGUUUGUUUUUGAAGUAUUUUUAACUGAAGCUCAGAGACCACAUUUAUACGUAGCUUUGAAUUACUGUAUUAU